GCAAUCCCGCUGUCUUUCUGCCCCCUUCCUGCUCCAUCCUGGCUGAUUUCUGAACUUAUUGUCUCAUUGAACCCAUCAAACCCAGCUGAGAAAUGAACAGAGCUCACCAAUGUGCAGGGUUCCUACUAAUUUCUGCAUAAUUGGCACUCAAAGACAGAAAAACGUGCCCCCACUGAGGAAAAUUUGUCAGUAUGACUCAUCUGGUACUUGCUCCACUACCUGGCAUCAGCAGAUCUGGACCUGCAUGGUUUGAAACUCAUGCCAGCCAGUGCCUUUCCCUGCCCGGCUACCAGAGAGCGGAGAGACUGCUACAGAAAGGAACGGACUGUCUGCUACAUAGCGCAUAAACAGGGAGAUUUUUCAACAGAACAUGAAUCCAGAAGAGAAGACCAUUUUCCAAGAAUAUUUGACAAACCAGGGGACGGUGGUAAAGCCCUAUCGCUGGCAGAGACAGAGCCACACCUGCGCUGCAUGUCCCUACCACAUACGGACCGGUGAAGAAGCGAGAGUCCCUUACACGGAAUUUCACGGGGUCUUUGGCUUCCCAUACAGAUUAACAAGAACUCCCCAAAACAAACACCUUCUCUUCUACGAACUGAGGAGUUUCUCAGGCAGAGUUGUCCAGAAAGGCCAUGCUACAAACUGCACUGACCAAGACAAGCAUCCCGAAUCUCUGCUGUUCGCAGCGGGUGGUUAUCUGGAUGCGGUUACAGACACCUGUGACAACAUCAGAAGCAUCACCCUCUAUUCCAACUUCUCUCCUUGUAACGAGGCCUACCACUGCUGCAUCACUAAAAUCUACAACUUCUUGCUGAAGCAUCCAGAAAUCACGCUCUGCAUCUAUUUCUCUCAGCUUUAUCACACCGAGGCCAGUUCCCCCUCGGCCGCAUGGAACCGCGAGGCUUUGCGGAGCCUCUGCAGCUUGUGGCCUCGGGUGGCACUGCAGAGGCUGCCUGGGGAGACAAGGCAUCACCUCCUCUGCAAUUUUGUCUACAGCAUCCCAUGGACAAGCCUUAGUCGCCCAGCUUCACCACUGAGAACCUCAGCAAGUGGACAAAAUCCAUAUCAAAUUAACAGCUUAAUGGAAAUGAAACUGUAUUUUAGGAAAGCCUUUCCACAGGCAGUGCCAGAAAAUCCUGCUGCGCAGCACAACUUAAAAGCCUUUUCUUCUCCCAAGCAGCCUUUCCAGGCGAUGUCGGGCAUUCUGCCACCUCCCAUGUCCCAGAGCUGCUCAGUGCUUUUCCCAGGCACGUUUCUGUCCUUUCAGAGGGAACAUCUAUACGCCCGACCUAAAAAUAUCGUAAGGCAUUUAAAAAUGCCAAAGGAAUAAUUCAAUGAAUCUCAUCAUUCUGAAGGGUUUCCAAGCAGCAGACACCUACUCUGAAGAUGACACAAAUCGAACUGCUUUCAGGCUGUAAAACUGACAUCACAAAAAAUAUAUAAAAAAAGUCACCCCUACAAAAGUUAACCCAUAAAGUAACUGUGGGUCUCAAAUAAGUGAUGAUGACAUGCUUUUGCUUUACUCCUGUACGUUUCAAACAUAACCCAAAACCUCACUAUCUUAUGAAUACCUCUGGUGAUAAAUUUGUAUCUUGCUUUCAAGCCAGUUUCCACCAGACACAGGUCAACAGUCCACGGGCUACGAGCACAACUCCAGCCGGGUUGUUGCUCCCCAGCUGAGCAGCUUUGGUGGAACACAGGACAGACCCCACAUUCCUGCUCAAGCAAGAAGGUGGUUCUGCAGGGAACACUGGAGCAUGAAUCAAGUUUUCACACCAGCCGCUUCCUUAACAACACAGGGGUUUAGACACACAUAUAUAUGUGUGUGUAUACACACACACACAUAUAUAUAUAUAUAUAUAUAGUUUUUUUCUAGGGCUGCUGCCUUCCAUGAAGAGGAACCUCACAAAGCUGUGUAAUGUUCUGAUUAAUAAGAAAUAUCGAACAGGAUAAUACAGAUAACGCAAAAACUACACAAUCCAAGCAGAAGUGGGAAAGAAUAAAGUUCUUGUCAUUUAGAGCAAUAUGAUCACUUUGUGAUGCAAUAUAUUCAUUGUUCUACUAAAGGUUUUAAA